AUCGAUUGUUUGACAUAUCGAAUAGUUAACGUGUCGCCGAAAUAUCAAAACUUAUGUUUACGUCACGGACGCGUCACCAAAAAAAUUAGUUAAAAAUCCUGUUUGGUCGGUGUAUAGUUGCAGCCAGUGUUAAAGAAAAGAAAUCAUGGAAUUAGUAACCGAAUUAACCAGUGCGUACGUUAUGUACAUCCCCGUAGCGUUAGUAUUCGUCGGGGCGAUUUUAUUGUUUACGUUCGGUUUCAAAUCCGCCGAACAACCACCCUUCGAAAAAAUAUCCCAAGAAGAUAGAAAAUCGGCAGGAAAGAAGCGAAAAAUCAAGGAAAAGAAAACCACGGCCAACGGACACGUACCGAACGCGGAAACGAAAGGCGACAAAUCGCCCGCGAAAGAAUCGAAAAAAUCCCCGCAAAAGGAGAAACCCGAGCCCAAGAAGGAGGCGAAGAAAGACAAGCCGACUGAGAGGCCCAAACGACAGGAGAACAAAGCGAAAGACGACGUGAAAAACGCCAAGAACAAAAACCAGGACAAACUGAACGAUUUCGAUGACGACGGCAACUGGGAGACCGUCCCCCUCAAAUCCGACAAGAAGAAGAAGGAACAAUCUCCCGCUAAGAAGGACGCCAAGAAACUCACCAAAAAAGACAAAGAAUCCAAAGCGGAGAUGGACAAACUCGUGAAGGAAGUCGUCAACAAGGAACUGCGCGAGAGGAAAGAAAAGGAAAAGGAAAAAGAAAAGGAGAAACCCAAAGAAGAGCCCAUCAAAAUCGAGCAAGUAGAGGAGAAGAAGGACAAAAAGAAGAAGGAAAAGAAACCGAAGAAGGACGACAAACCCAAUGAAGAACCCAAAGAGGAAGAACCGAAGGUGGAGGUUAUUAAAGAAACCGUUCCACCGCAAACCGAUAACAAGAACCAGAAACAAGAGGAGCCCGUCAAGAACGUCGCUCCGGCCUUUGAUGAACUGGGAGAUAUAUGGACGGAAUCGAAGGCAUCGAAGAAAACCAAUAAGAAGAAAGCACGCAGGGAUAAUUAGAAAUAGAUAAAUCUAAGUAUAUGUGGUAAUAAUCGUGAGGAAAGCAAGAUUGAAGUCUUUCUACCCAAAUACAAAAAAAAACAAUAAAGACUUAACCGUUGAUAGCCCCUCGAAAAAAUAAAAUACAAAAAACGAUUAUCUCGUUACAUAAGAGAACAACGAGAUUGUAAUAAGCACAAUUUUUUUUCGUCGUUGUUGUUUUAUGUAACUUCGUUUUUGUGAUAAUAACCGAUUAAUCGAUCAAUCGAUUACUGAUAAACGAGCAUUCUUCAGAAGGUGUGCUAGAAAUUAAACAACCUAGUCAAAACGGAUUAAUCGGUCGAAUUGAAAAUUUCGAAAAAUACAAAAAAAAUAAUAUACGAGGGGUGGUCAAUGCUAGGAAAGUUAAGUUUCAGAUGUAUUUUUUUAAUUUUAAGUGUAAGUUUAACGUUAGCGAAUCUAGCCUAUAUCGUGUAUAGCGUUGUAAUUUGACAUGUCGAAGAGCUUAUUGUGGUGAAAAAUAUAACUUUUAUUAGGUUUAAAAAUGAAACGAUUAUCAAAUCGCGGACAUAUUUCGAAGCUAGCUAGUGUCAUAAUUGGAACAUUCCAUGGCGUAAAAAGCCCGUAACAUAUUUAGGUUAAGUUUUUAAAAAUAGCGUGUAGAACGUGUGCCAAAAAAAGAAAGCAUUAAAAUUCGCCUGCUUGUCGCAAAACAAAAAAAAAUUAUGUAAUUUCUUGUGUUUUAUCAGUGUGUGCAUUUUUAAUUUCGUUCUUUUAGUGUAACAUAUUUUUAUGUAUCGAAUUGGGACCGAAUAUGUUCUAAUUUGCGCUUGAAUUUGAAUUUGUAUCGGUGCCAAUAAGGGCAUAUAGUACGUUCAAGUUAAUCCGGUGAUGACGUCACGAGAUAUUUACAAUAUCCAUAUUGCUAGAUUAACGUGAAUCGUUUGUUUAUUCUGCUAAUUUUAAUAUUCGUUAGUGAUCUCCAAUCCUUUUUCUUUUUCUUCGGCGAGUUUCCAAUGCAGCACGGUAAAAGAAAAUCGAUUUGUGUAAAAAAAAUAGAUUCGAUGAAAAUUAAAAAAAAAUGUAAGGCCUUAUGUAGCUGGCGUAUUUUUAAGAAUAUAUUUUUGCGAUAAAUGGACUUGAUAAAAGCGUUUUUUGAGUCUUCCAUUCGGUUGAUUGUUCUUUUUUUUAUAGUAAACUCGCAAUUUUUUUUUCACUUUUUAGUCCAAGACUGAAAACACCACCCUUUUUAAUGUAAGGCAAAAGGCAAGCUUCUAGGGUUCCAAUAAAAACAUUUUUCGACCGCAUUUGGUGAAUUUGUAUUUUUUUAAGAUGGUAUAGAUAUAGAUUGUGUGUAGGGUAAUAAUUAGUCACUUGAAAAACCUAAUUCCAAUACGACGGAUGCGAAGCUAAUCGAAAACGUAUUUUUUGCGCUCUUAAUUUUCGAUUCCUUGGCAUUUCAUUGUAAUUAUAACGCCCUGUAUAUUGUAUGUAUAUUGUACAUAGUCGUUGUGAUUGGUUUUUUUUGUAUUUUUUAGAUGAAAAUAUAGAUGUUUCUGUUGUGUUUAUUAAAUGUUUUUUUAUAGAUGAAAAGUUGCAGGGUGGUAAUGUAAUCGCAUUACGAAACACAAACAAUAGUUUUGUAUUAAUCGUGUGUAAAACAAACACUUAUAUUUUAUUUAUUAUUUUUUUUAUUUCGGUUUAGUCGUGCGUUAGUUAGUUUUUGUAUAAGUUGUAAUUUUGUUGUAUACAAAAAAAUUAUUUCAACUAAUUUUAAGUAGUCUAAUUUCUAUAUUUAAGUAUUUAAGAAAUGUGUUUUUUUAAAUCUUAGUCAGUGGAAUGUUAUCUUUUGGGGACCAUUUUUAAAAUAUAUUUAAAAGUCGA